CAACUUCAACUUGUUUCUGGUUAGUUGUCAACUGGACGGCGAAGUGGGCGCUUGUUGAAAGUGGCUCUGCAACUCUGUCCGCGUGCUUUUAAUAUUUAUAUGUAUUUUACAAUAUUCUAACAGAAAACCUUAUUGUUUUCAUAUCUGUCAAGAUUAAAGGCGUUUUGCUAUUACAAUCUGCGUUUAUUGUAAGCGAAAUUUUGCGUAUAAAGUGUGUUUACAAAUAUCGGCCGUCGAUUAAAAUUUUAAAUAAUGUGUUAGUACAAUAAUUUCUGCGAUAUAAACUGUCGAUAAAGAUGGGUUCCCCUCAGAAGGAUAUCGAGUUGAGUCCGGUGAAGCCGGAAGCUCACGCGAGCACUGCGGCGGAGAAGUUAAAUGUGCCGGUGAACGAUGAAGAAGAUGUUAUUAUUGGAAGGUUUAGGAAGAUAAGUUCGGCCAAGUCCAUGGCGGCGACGAACGGGAACAUUCAGUACCCUACUGCUACUGACCUGCCGGCGAGGAGUGACGACGUGGAGGCAGGGUUACAGUUCAGGACGCGGGAGCCGGGUGAGAAAGAUCGUUUGCUGCCCGAAGGAGUGUCCAACGGGUCUGUCACGAUCCAGUCCCGCUCACCCGUCACUAAGAGCAGCUUCCGUGAUAUGGAGAAACCAUCUAGAUUCAAGGAUCAGCCGUCUGCCACCAGAUUUCAGAUGGAGGACCAUGAAGAUGAACAGGAACAUACAGACUCUGACGGUAUGGACAGCGACGACCCCCUCACAUGUACCGACACUAAGUACGGCAAGAGUUUCAGGCACUUCACUCGAGAAGCUUUGCCAAGGCUGGACAACUAUAGAAAUGUGUUGUCGCUCCAUGCAGCGCCCCGACCUACUUUAGAUGAACUCCACAACGCUUCUUUAUCAAGAAAGCCUCAAGCCAUAGAGAAGGACUUAGCAACACCAGCGCUGACGUCAUCGAACAUAAAGUUCGGCUGGAUCAAGGGCGUGCUGAUGCGAUGUCUCCUCAACAUAUGGGGGGUCAUGCUGUUCCUGCGGCUGUCCUGGGUCGUGGGGCAGGCGGGCGUGGCGCAGUCAAUGCUCCUGAUCCUCACUACGUCUGUGGUCACCACCAUCACGGCGCUCUCCAUGUCUGCCAUCAGCACCAAUGGCGUUAUCAAAGGAGGUGGAACAUACUACAUGAUAUCCCGAUCCCUUGGGCCUGAGUUCGGCGGGUCUAUAGGCUUGAUAUUCUCCAUGGCGAAUGCUGUGGCGUGUGCUAUGUAUGUCGUGGGCUUCGGCGAGUCGCUAAUCACGCUUAUACCGGAGUCCGCUUAUAUGGUUGAUAAAGGAUGGGACCAAGCAAUCUACGGCUGUAUAACAAUAGUCCUACUAACGGGUAUUGUAAUGGUCGGCAUGGAAUGGGAGGCGAAGGCCCAAAUAGUCCUACUGGUCAUCCUACUGGCCGCCAUAGCAGACUUCUGUAUAGGGUCCAUAAUAGGACCUAAGAGCGAUCUCGAAUUGGCGCAGGGAUUUGUGGGGUAUAAUUGGACUGUACUACAAAGUAACAUAGGACCAGACUACAGGUUCUUUGAAGGUGUGGAGCAUAACUUCUUCUCUGUGUUCGCGAUAUUCUUCCCCGCCGCCACUGGGAUAUUGGCUGGUGCUAAUAUUUCCGGUGAUCUUAAGGACCCUCAAAAAUCAAUUCCCAAAGGCACCCUCCUAGCGAUCCUGCUAACCACCAUAUCGUACCUGGUGAUAGCCCUCCUGGCGGGCUGGACCGUGCUGCGCGACGCGUCGGGGGACGUCGCGGAUAUCGCGGCGUGGACGAUGGCCGACUGUGCUGUCAACCGAACCUGUGCCUACGGCCUGCAGAAUAGUAAUGAUGUAAUACGUCUUGUGUCAGGCUUCGGUCCACUGAUCUACGGCGGUUGUUUUGCGGCUACUUUGUCAUCUGCACUCGCGUCUCUUGUCUCUGCGCCUAAAGUAUUUCAGGCGUUAUGUCAAGACAAGUUGUACCCGUACCUGGAGUUCUUCGCGAAGGGGUACGGACAGAACAACGAGCCGGUGCGUGGAUACGUGCUUACCUUCGUCAUCGCUGUUGCCUUCAUACUUAUGGGUGGUUUGAAUCAGAUCGCGCCGCUAAUCUCGAACUUCUUCCUGGCUGCGUAUGCGCUCAUCAACUUCUCUACCUUCCACGCCAGUUUAGCCAAGCCUGUAGGCUGGAGACCUACUUUUAGGCUGUACAACAUGUGGCUGUCGCUGGUGGGCUCGAUCCUGUGCGUGGCGAUAAUGUUCGUGAUCUCGUGGAUCACUGCGCUCGUCACCUUCGCCUUCCUGCUCACGCUGUACCUGCUCGUGUCUUAUAGGAAGCCGGACGUGAACUGGGGCUCGACGACGCAGGCGCAGACGUACAAGGCGGCGCUCAGCGGCGUCUACCAUCUCAACGCCGUCACCGAACAUGUCAAGAAUUACAGGCCUCAGAUCCUGGUGCUGACGGGCUUCCCGGGCGAGCGGCCCAUCCUCACAGACUUCACUUACCUGCUCACUAAGGGACACUCGCUCAUGCUAUGCGGACAUAUAAUGCAGGGUCAAGUGAGUCACCGCGGCCGCGAGGCGCUGUGCAGCCGCGCCUACCAGUGGUUCACGCGCCGCAAGAUCAAGGCCUUCUACUCCAUCGUCGACGACGUGGGGUUCAAAGACGGCGCCAGUGCUCUUGUACAGGCUAGUGGUAUCGGCAAGUUGAAGCCAAACAUUCUACUGAUGGGAUUCAAAGAGAACUGGCAAACGAGCGAACGAAACGAAAUUGUCGACUAUGUUGAAGUUAUGCACAAAGCACUAGACGUGCACAUGGCGAUAGCAUUACUCCGUGUCGAAGGCGGGCAGUAUUCAUCCGACGCGCUGGACGACGACCUUCAGGCGUACCUCUCCGAUGUCAAUCUUAAGGACCUCUCUGCUUUCUCACGUUCCAUGGGCGAUAACAAGGAAUCUAAGUCCACUGAGAGCCUCAACACGCAUUCCAGAGGUAGCAGUAUGUCAGACGUGUCACUGGGGUCGCCGGACCUGAGACGCGCCGUGUCUGCGGACCCCGGCGCUAGCAAGGAAAAUGGUCCGAAAACUGAUGAUAAAGAGAGUCAAAGCAAAGGGCUCGGCAACGUGGUCCGUCGCGCGUUAGGCACGACUCGCACGCGUCGCACGUCGUCCUUCACUUCAGUGGAACAGUUCACUAAGAGGCAGGCCGGCACCGUGGAUGUGUGGUGGCUAUAUGAUGAUGGAGGUCUAACCCUACUCCUGCCAUACAUAUUAUCAACUCGGCGGGCGUGGUCGUCCUGCCCUCUGCGGGUGUUCACUCUAGCCAAUAAGAACACAGAACUUGAGAUUGAGGAGCGAAACAUGGCGUCUUUACUAUCAAAGUUCCGGAUAGACUAUUCUGCGCUGAAGAUGGUGGCGGACAUCACGCGGCGGCCGAAGGACUCCACGCUCGCAUACUUCGACAAGCUCGUCGCGCCCUUCAAGUGUGCCGAUGAUGAUAAUUCCGGCAUAACAGAAGCGGAUCUCCUCGCCGCUCAAGAUCGCACCCAUCGGCACCUGCGGCUCCGCGAGCUGAUCGCGUCACACUCAUGUUCCGCGCGGCUGGUGUGCGUGACGCUGCCCAUGCCGCGGCGCCGCGCGGUCGUUCCGCCCGCGCUGUACCUCGCCUGGCUGCACGCCAUCGCUACGGCUGCUGAUCGGACGCUGCUGGUGAGGGGCAACCAUGCUGCUGUACUCACCUUCUAUUCUUAAGACCCUAGACUAUGUUGGAAGUAAUUUCAGGUUGCGCAAUUUUGCGCAGGUUUAGCGCAAGAUUUUGACAGUUAUAUACAAGCCUUCUUAAUAGCUUAAAAAGAGAUGUACGGUCGUGCUCUUUCUAAUCUUAUUUACAAGGACAUUUGUAAAGCAGUGUCAGUAUUUACAUACCCUGUUGGUGAGAGGAAAUCAUCCUACCGUUUUCACGUUUUAUUUUUCGGUUCGUAGAUGUUUAAAGAGUUUUUCAUAUAUCUUAGCGCAGAUUUUGUGCAAAAGUGUCUUGUGUGAUGAAGGUAACAAUUGAUCCUUACAAACAAUACUGUUUUUAAGGAAGUACGAUUUCCUCUGAAAACCAGAGCGAUAAGAUGUUGUCCUCCUAUUCCUUUUGAACAGUAUAUUUUUCUACUGUAUAAUAUGUGUAGCUAUAUCGUGCAUAACUGUUCGCGUAAACACAACUUUAGAGAACAAAAAGCCCUCGAUAUUAGUUUUCCAUAAUCAUAAUAAUCCUUAUGCAUAAUACUCACUUCGGUUUUAGAGUAUUUUAAACACUAACCCUUAUGUGCUAGUGAUCGUAUCUUCUAAGAUAUAUGCUCUCCUAGUACCUACAUGUAAAUUUUUUACCAGUACAAAUCUAACCAAAUAUUUGUAAUAUUCACGUAAUGUAUGAAAUGCAAGUUUUAUUUAGGUUUAACUUAGAUGAAUUUACCAGUGUGUUUAGAAUAUUGUUUUAGUAUUUUUAAUAUCUAAUCAUUCCAUUAUGUCGUGGCCUCAAUUUCCGUGUGUAUUGUGCUACAAUUUCAUGAAUAUUUUCUUUAUUUAAUUUUUGGUGACGACUACUUAUGCUUCGAUUAUAGCUUUUGUCAAUCGAUUCGAAUUUAAAUCGAAUCGAAAUUCUAACCCUGUGUUUUUUUUCAAACACAACCGAAUAAAACUCGGAGCAUACAUUUUGUAAUAGUUUCGAAAUCAAAUUGAGGUUACGUCCGAGUAUGUAAUACUAAUGAAAGUACAAAUAGACAUGACGUGUGCUGUUUUAUUAUUAUUUAACUUUGUGUGUUGUUUGUUUAUACAAUUUAUUUAUCUAUUUACAUUGAUAAAUCUGUACAUUGAUGAUCUGAUCUGGAGAUCUUGUAGUUCUUGAAACAAUUAAGCUUUUAUUGAAACUUACAAUUGGGAACGUAACAUGGGCUCAUAGCAAAUGGGGAUAAUUUAAAAUGACCCAUUUAAGUACAUUAUUCUUUCUAAAUAAUGUAUGAAAAUGAGCUCAUGGUGCCCUAGGAAUAAUAGUUUAUAAUAGGUUAGUAUACUUAUCUAGGUAAAAACUAAUCUCUUUUAAUUAGAAUACUACCAAACUACGAAUCUGGCAACACAGCCCAGUGGCCCUAUAUAUAAAUUCUGAACAAGGUUGCCUUAUGAAAUAAUUGUUGGCAGUCUAAAAUACAUAUUUUUAUCGAAUAUUUUGCUAACGAUGUACAAUUUUAUAUACAUUAUAUUUUUAUUAUUUUCUUGUACUAGUGAUUUGUGAGUCUCUAUAUAUUGAAUGAAGUGAUUUUUUAUAGGAUAAUUGGAUAAGAGCCCUAUGCGGCUUGAUGUAUUUUUGCUAAAACAAUGUAAUACUUUAGAGGAAUUUAUCCCGAAUUUGACAAAAGUGGGGAUUUUCGGGGUUGUCAUUAUAAUAAGCACGAAUUGUGUAAGGACUGGCGCAAAUUAAGUUUGGCUGCAUAUUUUCGCGAAUAAUAUUUUUUUCCAUAUAAAUAGUUAUUGGAAGAUGAAAAUAACUUGCCCCAAAAAUACAAUUUACAUUGUUAUAACAGUUUGCGCCAAUCCUAAAUUAUUUUUUUAAUACUAAGAUCAUUUACAGUGAAAUCAAAGUUACCAAUGAGUGUAUGUUUUUUAUAUCAGUGUGCGUACAUUUUACUAAAUUAUUUGCAUCUAGUGUUAAUUAUUUGUAUUAACUUAUUAACAGUUGUAUUUUAUUUUUGUGUGUAUAUGUGACAUUAUGUUUUAUUUAUACAUUGAUUUUCUUAGACCUUUUUAUUCUUAUUAGUAUUUUAGCGAUAUUUGACCCAACCUCGUAAUUUAUUUUAUCGUUUAACGUAUUCUUGUACAAAUAGUGUAAACAAAAUGAAUUGUGAUUAAAUGAGUUGAUGAUGAUACAAA